UUCAUCGAGUCUCGCCUGUACUGUCGCGGCGCAUCGUCGAAACUGCCUCAGUCCGAGCUAGAACACUGCCGCUGGCAGAGCGCAGUGCACAUCGAGCCGUAGAGCGUGUUAGUGACUGCUGGGCUACGCCGUCGUUGACGUAGUAUCUCGGCGGAGCAGAAGACUUCGUGUGUGUGUUCACUGUGCUACAUAUAUAAUAUAAGCAAAUUUCGACUUUCAAGCUCUAAGCACGAUGGAUCGCGCACGUCCGAGUCGCGCUUUUCUCUCCUCGCUCAUUAUCGUGGCCUGUCUUUUCUGUUCCUCGUCGGCCAGGUCAUGGGAUCUGGCAAUGACGAUCGGCAACCGGAUUGAAUUUUUCAAUUACGAUGGUAACGUUACCGGUACCGUGGUGAUUGCCGACGCCCAACGCCUCGUUGGCAUGGCCUACGACGACGAAAGUCGCACGAUGUAUCUUAGCGACCCAGUGAAUUUGAACUUUUCUCUCUUUAGUAUCGAUCUUUCAGCCGAAACGAUCAAGCCGCAACUUUUGCUGAGUGAAAAAGUGCAGACGCCUAUUUUUGCCUUGGCUUUCGACCGUCCGACUCGACAGCUCUUCAUGACAACUAAACACACCAUUCUAAAGAUGAGCUUACCAGUCAACGGUCGGCCUGGACCUUUUGAGGUUGUGCUUAAAUUUGAGAAUGUACAACCUCGAGACCUUGCGAUUGACUCGUGCAACAGAAAAAUUUAUUGGACCAACGCUCACCGAUCGUUUCCAAGCAUCAUGUCGUCGAACUUUGAUGGGUCGGAGGCGAGGACCUUGUUCGAGAAGGACCUGUACGAUCCUGUAGCCGUGCUGGUCGACCACUCGACGUCGCGCCUCUACUGGAUCGAUGACGAAGAGGGCAACACUUAUUUCAAAAUCGAGUACUCGAAUCUCGAUGGAAGCAAUCGGAACUUGGUGAAGCGCGUGGGAAAACGUCAUCAACCUCUGCAUCUGGCGGUUUCUCCUAAAAAUUUCUAUUGGACCGAUGCCAUGUACUCGUCCAUGUGGCAAAUGGAGAAAGAUCUCAACGGAGGUGCCAUUAAGGAAUUCAAAUCUUUCUGGGACAUCGAUCAGGCGUCGGAACCUACGACCAUCUUGGCUCGGGACAAUUUGGGCCUAGCGAUCAACUGCCAAGCGAUGAAAGCUCAAUCUCUGAAUACGGCAGCGGCACUCGGUACGAAGACAGCAACGACAACGACGACGACUACGUCGACGGCUGGCGCAGCCAGUAGCACCAACGCGACACCGAACAAGCCAAAGCCGACCAUGCAGAGCUUCAACAAUCUGACGAGCAGCACCGAAGACCAGAGUCCGGAAGUUUGUUUCAACGGCGGCAACGUCGGAAGGAGGAGUAACAGCUGCAGAUGCCUGCCCGGAUUCAGUGGCACGCGCUGCGAAAUUUCGGUCUGCCAUAAUUACUGCCUUUCGGGUGAGUGCAGCGUCAACGCUCUGGGACGGCCUUCCUGCAAGUGUAAGGACGGUUUCAAGGGAACGCACUGCCAGGUCGACGUCUGCGACAAUUACUGCCUCAACGGAGGUACUUGCCUCGUGAAGGAUGCCCAGCCAACUUGCCGCUGCAAGUAUUCCAGUGGCUCCAGAUGUGAGAUCGCUUUUGAUAUGGCCGAAGUCUGCUCGAUGUAUUGCAUGCAUAAGCAAUUACAAAUCGGUAGCUCUGAUAUGAGCUUCUGCAAGUGCGACGAAUUUAAUCACUCCAUCCAAGACGUGUUAAAUUUGGACGUGUUCGGCUACAAAAUCCUUUGGAUCGCCGUGGCCAUAUUUGGCUGCUGCAUGGCUGUCCUCGUCGCCCUCCUUAGUUUCUGGGUCAGUCGGCUGAGGCGCCGACCUCGUAUCAAGAAGAGAUUCGUCGUAACCAAACCCGGUUCUGCACCCCUGACUUCCAGGCCCGGACAGCUCGGCACCGAGCAAUGUGAAAUAACUAUCGAGAACUGCUGCAAUAUGAAUAUCUGCGAGACUCCUUGCUUCGAACCAAAGGCAUUGCCAGGACGAGCGAUCAGUCAGAGAAAGGAGGAAAAGAGCAAUCUCAUCGACAACAUGGAGUCGAACGGGCUUGGUUGUUAACAUCAACUUUAUCGCCGGCGCGACCUCAUCGUCGUCGUCGACGAGUGCAACCGCCCGUUGAUCAUGUUGCACAAUGAAAAUACCAAAGGCUGCAAACCACUCUUCCCAUGGAUUUCCUAAGACAAUAUAUAUUUUUCGUACGCAAAAACAAAAACGCAACGAAUGUGUAGCGAGUGACUGUCGCUACACAUGUUUUUCUCCCCAAAAUGCAUCGUGUAUAUAGUUAAGGCAUUCAUCGUAAAAAAUGGAUUUCUGAGAAAGGAUAGUAUCAAGUAGUAAAAAAUCGUACUCCAAAUUUGAAGAAAAUCUACUGUACGGAACGUAAAUAUUUAAAAGACCGAAAUUAACAUAGGCGAGAUAGGACACUCUCAUGCAGGCUUUAACAUGUGGAAAUUUCUCUAUCUCGACCAUGUUAAUUUUGAUUUUUCCAGUAAAUUUAUCUCAUGAAUGAGACAAUAGAUUUUCUUGAAAUUUACAGAGUAUCUUUUUACUAAUAAAAACUACCUCUCUCUGAAUUUAAUAAAAAUUCUGUGGAAAUCAUUUUUAACGAUGUAAUACUUUAAAAUAAGCAUACAUUUUUUAAUACUUCUAAGCGUUUCCGAUAGGUAUUAUACAAUUACCGCUUUUAUAUAAUGGGAAACCCGAUAAGUGAUAGAGCUUGAUGAAUAAUUGCCUGUGUUUGUAAAAAGACGUUCGAUUAUUUUUUGUUUUUGUGCUAUAUGUGCUUUUUAUCCGAUCAAUGAUGCACUUAAGCGUUGAAAUUAGUUUAAUAAAAAAAAAUUCAUCAUACUCAAGUAAAUUUCUACAGUAUGGGACGAAUUCAUAAAACAGCUUAAUAUUUAUCAAAGGUAACAAGUUCCAAAAUAAGUAUCGUUGUUUUUUCGAUGAUAUAUAGAUAUAAAUCAUGGGUCGGAAGGUUUUUACCAUUCAUUUUAUUUAUUUUUUGUGCGAAAUUACGUAGACCGAAUCACCUUGUGUUCAUGUAAUUUUUUUAGUCUUACACGACCAAAGUUACGUUAACUUAGGUGAAUACCAUGUCUACAACUAGGCAGGAAAUGUAUAUAAAUAAUAUAAAAUUGAUUGAUAUUUAUUGUUAACGAUCAAACGCAACUUGGCUAGUUUAAGAACUAGGGACUCUACUUCACAUACACGAAGUUAAUUGUUACCGAGCAGUAGAAGAAUUAAAACUCAUAGCUGAACUAUGAAUCAAAUUAAAUAUAGCUUUGAUUAUGUUAAUAAUUUUAGCAGCUAUCAAUCCAAGUUUAGAAAUCAUAUUAGCUAAAUUUGGCAGCCAAAAAAUCGUAUUUUUAAAUGCAAUGAAUUUUCUUUAUGUAUGUUCCUAUUGAAAUUACAGGAUAGUUAUAUACCAAAAAUAACAAAGUGAAAAUUUAUCAGAUUAGAAAAAUUUUUUGGAUGUUUGAUUGUGAAAACUAGAUUGCAUGUGACUUAUGGUGAAUACAUCAAGUGAAAGAUUUUACCAAACAUAUAAUUUUUAUUCAAAAUUGAUUUAAAAUUAUUACACAUUUUAAAUGAACAAUAACUCGGAAUUACUAAUUAGAUUUAUAUUGUUUUUAUUACAGUACUACAAAUAUAAAUAGAAAAUUUUUGAGUAUUAAUUAAAGCAUCAGAUGUCAUGUCUACUAAAAGUAGUUGUACGAAUACUUAUCACUUGUACUUGUAACAAAUGAAACUUAAUUUCAGUUGCAUAAAAACAUUUCAUUGAAUGUGUUACUGAACCGAAAAAAAGACUGGAAGCUCUGAUUGGCAUAAUUUUUGAAAAUGUAUUUUUGUUUUUAUUCAAACUCAAAAAUAAUACAGAAAAUGUACACGAAAAUGUUCAGUACAAAGAAUGUAACUACAAGUAUGCCAUACUGCUAUAUAUUUCAGUGAAAAGGUAUACAUCAGGGUGCUAAACAUUGAAAGAUAUUUUUUAUUAUUUAAUUUAAUUUAUAAAAAAUUGAAUAGUUUAAUUUUGAAAAGAGUUAAAAUUCACUUGAAGUAAAUUAUUUACUUUGAAGUAGACACAUUUUUUAGAGCCAAUUUGUGUUACUGAUACUUUAUGCCAAUAGAACUUAUGAGCAGAAACAUAUUGAAAUUCAAUGCUUCAAAUGAACAUUAAUCUUAAUAAUUUUUAUGUACCUAUAAAGAUUUAAUUAUCAAAUUGAUGCACAAAAUAUUUCAAGUGGAAUCUGCUCCUUAAUAAAAUAUAAGCUGUAAGAAUGUUGGAAAAUAUCCCUUUUCCAGACACUCAUCCACAGAGUUGUGAUAGUGGAUUUAUGGUGAAAGGGAUAUUUUUCUUUUACAUAGUUUUAGUGGUUAGUCUUGUUAUUGGAAGUGAUCAGUGAUUUAUUCUUUCCAUAUUUUGUACAAGAUCGUUUUGUAAUUUUAUUCUUAAAAGUAAUUAUUAUUUUCAAAGGAUUGAUCACUUUUCCACAAGAUGAUGACUUGGUGUCAUUGUAAAUAUAAUGAAAACACUGAAUAAAAAGGCCUUUAUCUUGUA